CCUUUAAUUUUUAUAGUGUGUGUUGUUAUGUUGCAGUCGAAGGGAACGUCACUGCCACAACGUCUCAACAAGAAGCCUUCACGCGGCCUGCUCCGCCACAUCCUGCAGCAGGUCUACAACCAGGCUGUCCGCGAGCCAGACAGACUGAACCAGUACGAGCCGUUCUCCCCCGAGGUGUACGGCGAGACUUCAUUUGAAUUAGUGUGCCAAAUGAUAGAUGAAAUUCAGAUAACAAGUGAAGAUGUGUUUGUGGACCUGGCUCUGGAGUGGGGCAAGUGGUGCUGCAGAUGGCUGCCGCUACACCUUGCAAGAUUUGUUUUGGGGUUGAGAAAGCAGAGAUGUCCGUCGCAUGUUAAUGCGAUG